ACACAAGCAGAAGCAGUCUGUGAGAGUGUGUGUGAGAGUAUGUGUGUGUGAAGCCGGAGUGGAGUGGCUCUGCCGGAUCCCUGCUGAAACUCUACCUCUUCUGUGAACACAGAGUCCCACUCAGCAGUCCAGCACAGCAGGUCUGGAGAACCCAUCCCAGAGGAGUACACCUUUACCCCCACGACCACUGAAACGGCCCCCACAUGGAGCCCUGUGAACCCCCAUCUCCUGCCUGGCUUGGGAUCUGAUUUCGUAUUUCCCCCUUGGGGACGAACUCCAGGCACUGGAUCUUUUGAAAUAAGGUGGAACUGUGAGGAUCUCUGCUAUCCCAGAGGGAAGCACUUUGCUCUGGGCACUGUGGGCUUCAAGCCCCCCUGGGCUGGAGGCCAGCGCUCCAGCACCAUGGAUUACCUAGUUGGGAUUUUUCUCCUGUUGUGUGGGGUGGUGUUACCUGGAAGUGUGGCACCCCAGCACACCAAAGAAAAUGUGCCCAGACUCAAGCUCUCUUACAAGGAAAUGCUAGAAUCCAGUAAUCUGGUGACUUUUACUGGAUUUGCAAACAGUUCAAGUUACGACAUGUUCCUAUUGGACGAGGAGAGAGGGAGAUUACUGGUUGGAGCAGAGGACCAUGUCUUUUCUUUUGACCUGGUCAACAUCAACCGAGACCUCAAACAGAUCACCUGGCCUGCCACACCUUCCAAACGUGAUGAAUGCAAGUGGGCAGGAAAAGACCUGGGGAAAGACUGCUCAAACUAUGUUCGUGUGCUUCAGCCGUAUAACCAGACACACAUAUACGUGUGUGGCACCGGAGCCUUCCAUCCUAUUUGUGCUUAUCUGGAGAUGGGCAAACGAGCAGAGGACAAUAUAUUCAGGCUGGAUGUCAGCCAGUUUGAGAAUGGACGUGGGAAAAGUCCCUAUGAUCCAAAGAUGCAGUCCUCAUCCCUCUUGCUUGAUGGGGAACUAUACUCUGGAACAUCAGCAGACUUUAUGGGACGAGACUUUGCCAUUUUCCGAACACUCGGGUCACAGCAUCCGAUCAGAACCGAGCAGCAUGACUCUAGAUGGCUAAAUGACCCCAGGUUUGUUGGAAUACACCUGAUCCCUGAGAGCGAUAAUCCUGAAGAUGACAAAAUCUUCUUGUUCUUCAAAGAGAAUGCCAUGGACGGGGAACAUACAGGCAAAGCUACUAUCUCCAGGAUAGGACAACUGUGUAAGAAUGACAUGGGUGGACACAGGAGUCUUGUGAACAAAUGGACGACCUUCCUGAAAGCCAAGCUGACCUGUUCAGUGCCUGGCCUCAAUGGCAUAGACACACAUUUUGAUGAGCUGCAGGACGUCUUUCUAAUGAGCGCUAAAGACCCAAAGAAUCCAGUGAUCUACGCUGUGUUUACCACAUCCAGUAAUAUCUUCCGUGGAUCAGCUAUCUGCAUGUAUAGUAUGGCAGACAUUCGAAGGGUAUUUCUAGGUCCAUAUGCCCACAGGGAUGGGCCAAACUACCAGUGGGUGCCCUUUCAGGGCAGAGUGCCAUACCCCCGUCCUGGCACAUGUCCCAGCAAAACAUUCGGAGGCUUUGACUCCACAAAAGACCUGCCAGAUGAAGUAAUCACAUUUGCGCGUCUGCACCCAGCCAUGUAUAACCCAGUGCAGUCGAUGGGGGGAAAGCCCAUUGUGGUGCGCACAAACGUGGAAUACCAGUUCACUCAGCUGGUGGUGGACCGUGUUGAAGCAGAGGAUGGACAGUAUGAUGUCAUGUUCAUCGGCACAGAUUUAGGCACCGUUCUGAAGGUGGUGACCAUUCCCAGGGAAAGCUGGCAUGAUCUGGAGGAAGUGGUGCUGGAAGAGAUGACUGUGUUCAGGGAGACAACACCCAUUACUGCCAUGGAGCUAUCCACUAAACAACAACAGCUGUACCUGGGUUCAGAUUUAGGCAUAUCCCAGAUGCCCCUCCACCGCUGUGAGGUGUACGGGAAGGCGUGUGCAGAGUGCUGCCUUGCAAGAGAUCCAUAUUGUGCCUGGGAUGGGACAGAGUGCUCUAGAUAUUUUCCCACUGCUAAAAGGAGAACAAGACGUCAAGACAUCAGAAACGGAGAUCCUCUCUCCCAGUGUUCAGAUGUGCACCACAAUGAUGAUCUGGAGGGUUACAGCAGUGUGGAGGAGAGAAGUGUGUAUGGCGUAGAAAACAGCAGUAUGUUUCUAGAAUGCAGCCCAAAGUCUCAGAGAGCUCUGAUCUACUGGCAGCUACAGAGACCAAACGAUGAACGUAAACAUGAGAUUACAGCUGAUGAGAGGGUAAGUCUUACGGGCCAAGGUUUGCUGAUCCGAAGUCUAACCCAAGCUGAUUCAGGAGUGUUUCACUGCCAUGCAGUUGAGCACGGCUUCAUCCAGCCCCUGCGACGCAUUAACCUGCAGGUUAUCCCCUCUCAGCGUGUGGGAGAGCUGCUGCUAAGGUCAGGGGCCAGUGAUAAGGAGCCUACCCCCAAACACAAACUCUGGUACCGGGAUUUCAUGAGUCUACUGGAGCACCCGGAUCUCAACAGUGUGGAUGAGUUCUGCGAGCGAGUUUGGAAGAGAGAGAGGAAGCCUAAAGGAAAGAAAGCUCCAAAAAUUAAUGCCGGAACAAGUGGGAAAACUGAGAAAACUCCUCAAACAACAGCUCAGAGCUUACAGAUCCCGACACAGAGAAACCAGAACACACCCAAAGUGCCAAACAACCCAAGCGAUCAGAUUCUACCAAAAUCAGCUGGCCUGCAAAGGAGUCAAAUCCCACCAUGUACCGCAAGCACUGAAGGUCAAAACAACAAACCAGAUAGUAUAAUCACCCAGAACGCACAGAUGGCCCAAACUGCUUCAGACACCCAUAGAGCACAACCAAACCAGGGGAAGAGAGGUAGCCAGACCCCACAGAGAGGACUUUCUAACACAGCAAAGUGGAAUCAGCUCCAGGAGAACAAGAGGGGGCGCAACCGCAGGACCCAUGAACAGCAAAGACCACCACGCAGUGUGUGACAGAGACACUUUGACUGAUUUCACAUAUGCAUAAAUAUUACAUACACACACAGUCAACAAAUAUACAAGCAUCUUCAUCAGUCAUUCAUAUGCAAACAUACAAAUGAGCACAAAACAAAACUGCGAAGAAUAAAAAGCAAAGCCUAAACAUCUUGACAGAGACUUACAGUAUAAAAUGGUGAACUCAACUGGAAUCUUGUUCAUCUCACUUGUUUGCCAGGGAAAGCACAUUCACUUUGUUGUUGUGAUGUAACAGCAAAUAAAUUUUACACUAGCCAAACAGACAAAUCCAACUUCAUAUACAUGAUGUUCUUUCAUCAAAGGAUAUCAAAGGAGUGUGUACCGAUCUACAAAAUCUUUUCAAGCCUGCUUUGAUAAUAGGACAAUUCUGAGACUGUUGUUUGCCAAAAAAGCUCUGCAAUUAGAUGGGAUAGUGCCAAUGGAAAAAUUUGCUUUUGGGUAUCAAAGGAGAUGUUCUUUGUUCCCUUAAAUGUAUUUGUCUGUAUCAUUUGUUGAUAUGACAAUAGUUGGGAACGAGAUGGCAUGGACUACUGCUUGCUUGGGAGCAAAUGGAGCACAAAGGAAACUGGAGGCCAGUUUAUCUAACUUGUAAAGACUGUAAAAUAGCUAUUAAAGGAGCAAGCAUUGUACUGUAUAUAGAACAACACUAAGUAAAUAUGGAUACAACUGGUCAAAGGUGAAAAUAAGGCAUGCCUUAGUAACAGCUUGUCUAACCUAUGAUCCUCAGAAGUGUUUUGACUUAGAUGUUAGUGUAUUUAAUUAUGUUUGAGAUAAUCAAGUGGGCCUGACUAAGAAGUCAAUAACUGUGGUAACCAUUUCUGCCAAAACUUAGGUUUCAAAUACAAUGUGCAUGAGAUGAAUGAAUAAGCUCUUCCAAGCCAGUUACAUAGUUGAACUAUCUUUAGAUUACAGAAGUCUAGAUGAUGGUUCUCAAUGUUGGUUGCAUUAAAAAUGAAAGAACAUCUUUGUGCAAAUCAUAGUAUCUUUUUAAAGAUGUGUUUAAGAUAUUUCCAUAAUGUCUGUAGUGUAUUUCUAAAUUAUUAUUACUCAUAUUUCAUAUGGUUGCAUCGUAUUAAUUUGUUAAAUCAGUCUAUGUUAGGCUGAAUGCUGAAUAUAUGUAAAUAUAUACAGCGGAACACCACUUGAUUAUUUAUUGCUGGUUAUUGUUCAUGUUCAAAGGGUUGCAUUUAUUUUUGAUAUUAAUAUUUUUUUCUAUUCAUUUGCAAACAUAUGUGGCCGACCAGCCGCAACACCCAUAGAUGGACCAAUUAUUUGUUAUUAACUUUUUUAUUUUUAUUUCUAAGUUUCUUAUUGCUCAGUUCAACAGUUUUAAUUUUGUUUUACUCUCUUUCUUCUCAAACUUACUUUCAUUCAUCCUUUCUUAAACAUCUCGCUCUCUCUUUCACAGCUUCUUCAGCCAGGUCUCUCUAAUUACUAAUUCAUUCAUUGUGCAAAGCUAAUAAAAAAAUAAAA